UAUUGGUCAACAAAAAUCGGGGACCGAAUGAUGGGAGCACCACUACUGGCAUUUUAUUCGUCUUUGCCCGACGCCUCAACGUAAGGCAGGAUGUUAUAAUCCAGAGUGACAGAGAGAGAAAGCUCGGACAUCAUGGACUCGUGGAUCUUUUCGUCGCCCCCUCCGAACAUGUCGGAUCACCUGAUGUACGACAGCUUCCUGCCAGCCAACGAGUCAGACCCGCAGAGGAACGACACGGACCAGAGCUUCAACCGGACCAGCACCGUGGUCAUCACCUGCAUGUACUUCCUGGUGUGCGCCAUGGGCCUGUGCGGCAACGCGCUGGUCAUCUACGUCAUCCUGCGCUACGCCAAGAUGAAGACGGUCACCAACAUCUACAUCCUCAACUUGGCGGUGGCCGACGUGCUCUUCAUGCUGGGCCUGCCGUUCAUCGCCAUCCAGUUGGCGCUGGUCCACUGGCCGUUUGGCCCGGUGCUGUGCAGGGUGGUGAUGACCGUCGACUCGCUCAACCAGUUCACCUCCAUCUUCUGCCUGAUGGUGAUGAGCAUCGACCGCUACCUGGCCGUGGUGCAUCCCAUCAGGUCCACCAAGUGGCGCAAGCCCCGCAUGGCGAAGACCAUCAACCUGACGGUGUGGGGGGUGUCUCUGCUGGUUAACCUGCCCAUUGUCAUCUACAGCGGCGUCAUCACCAAACACGACGGCUGCUUCUGCACCAUCGUCUGGCCCGAGCCCCAGGAAGCCUACUACACCGCCUUCAUGUUCUACACCUUCAUCCUGGGCUUCUUCCUGCCCCUCCUGGUCAUCUGCCUCUGCUACCUCUUCAUCAUCAUCAAGGUGAAGUCGUCGGGAAUCCGCGUCAGCUCCUCCUCCAAAAGACGGCGCUCGGAGAGGAAAGUCACCCGCAUGGUGUCCAUCGUGGUGGCCGUUUUCGUCUUCUGCUGGCUGCCCUUCUACGUCUUCAACGUGACCUCGGUGACGGGCACCAUCAGCACCACCCCCGUGCUGCGCAGCACCUUCGCCUUCGUGGUGGUGCUGGGCUACGCCAACAGCUGCGCCAACCCCAUCCUGUACGCCUUCCUGUCGGAGAACUUCAAGAAGAGCUUCCAGAACGUCCUGUGCCUCAAGAAGGUGGGCGGUCUGGACGAGGCGGAACGCAGCGACAGUCGACAGGACAAGUCCCGCAUGAUGGCCGACCCCACGGAAACACAAAGUACUCUCCUGAACGGGGACCUGCAGACCAGCAUCUGA